AGUGGAAAAGCAACGGAUCCGAGGGGCGUCUUGUGUUGUCGAAUAAAACCAGAAGACUCUCAGGACAAGCUGUGCUGACGGGGAUGCUGGGGGUGUCAGAGAUGACGGGCAGCAAUAUGGCCAAUGCUCUGGCAAAUGCCUCGUGUGAACGGUGUAAAAGCGGAUUUGCCCCAGCGGAGAAGAUCGUCAACAGCAACGGCGAGUUGUAUCAUGAACAGUGCUUUGUCUGCGCACAGUGUUUCCAGCAGUUUCCUGAAGGGCUUUUUUAUGAGUUUGAGAAAAGGAAAUACUGUGAGCAUGAUUUCCAGAUGUUGUUUGCUCCCUGUUGUCACCAGUGUGGAGAGUUUAUCAUUGGGCGUGUGAUUAAGGCCAUGAAUAACAGCUGGCACCCUGACUGCUUCUGCUGUGAUAUCUGCCAAGCCGUGCUUGCUGAUGUUGGAUUCGUCAAGAAUGCCGGCCGCCAUCUCUGCCGUCCAUGUCAUAACCGCGAGAAAGCUCGGGGCCUCGGGAAGUACAUCUGUCAGAAGUGUCACGCCAUCAUCGAGGAGCAGCCCCUCAUUUUCAAAAACGACCCCUACCAUCCCGACCACUUUAACUGCAGUAACUGCGGUAAGGAGCUGACUGCUGAUGCUCGCGAGCUGAAAGGGGAACUCUACUGCCUCCCCUGCCAUGAUAAAAUGGGCGUGCCGAUCUGCGGAGCCUGCAGACGUCCUAUUGAGGGCCGUGUGGUCAACGCCAUGGGCAAACAGUGGCAUGUUGAGCAUUUUGUCUGUGCCAAGUGUGAGAAGCCUUUCCUGGGACACCGUCAUUACGAGAGAAAAGGACUUGCUUACUGUGAGACUCACUACAACCAGCUCUUUGGUGACGUUUGUUAUCAUUGCAACCGUGUGAUCGAAGGAGAUGUGGUGUCGGCUCUGAAUAAGGCUUGGUGUGUGAAUUGCUUCUCGUGUUCGACCUGUAACACCAAGCUCACCCUCAAGAACAAGUUUGUGGAAUUUGACAUGAAGCCGGUGUGUAAGAAAUGUUACGAGAAGUUUCCUCUGGAGCUGAAGAAGAGACUUAAGAAGCUGGCGGAGACCAUAGGCCGCAAGUAGAUCUCCUCGCCCACAGGGGGAGACAAAGGAUGGUCAUUCGUUACAUCUAUGGUGCUUAAAGUACGAAAAGAGACCAAACUAAACCUGGACCUCAAAUUAUCUCGGCUUAGUCGUAAGAGUAUGUCUUAGGUGCUUGACCUUUUUUUUUCCAUGGCAGAUUUUCUGUGGUCUCACACCAACAGAUGUUCUUGUGUCUUAACACUCUGCAACCAAAACCAAACAAAUACUUUUAUAUUGUUUAUUGAUAUGUAUGUACUUGCAUGUUUAUAAAGAUAAUACUAGUUAUAUUCACUGUUCAGAGUGAUUAUUCAGCACGUGUGUCACUUCUGUUGCCUCAUAUGCAAUGCCACAGAGCUUUUUCUCAAGGCUAAACCCCUUUCUGUGGCCUGACCGUGGGCCCAGUUUGAUGUACUGAUCUGAGAGUUGUAUUUGAUUUUUAAUGUAUUCUCAAGCCUCAUAUUUUUCUGUCAGAUGGGAUCAGAAGCUAAUGCAUGAUGUAAUGAGUCUGGAGCAACACAAGCUCUAAACCAAAAACUUUUUGCUCAUAUGCUUUAUUAAAGCCCUAGCUGUGUUCUCGAAAUCUCUAAUAAAUUAGACCACUUAUAUUUCUUCUGAGAGGUUUAUGAACUAUGUUGACUGUCUUGCAACAUAACAUCCUUGUCUUUUUCAUUUGUUUUAAGCUUUAGUUUUAUGACAUGCCUGCCAUCAUUUUUCUGAAGAAAAAUUCAUUUUAUACUCUUCGGAUAUGAUGAACUUAUGCCUUGUGUAUUAUCAACAUUGGCAAUAAUUAAGUAUGAUUUUUGUAACAAUUGACUGAACAUAAACAUGAUUUAACGGUCUUUGAUUUCAUAAAGUUUUUAAGUAUGAAAGAUAUUAUAAAAGUUGACUUGACUUAACUAAACUACAUUUCUACCAUUAAUUAACAUGAUAUUUUGUUUAUGCAUUUAGCUAUUUGCUAAUUAGUUUUUUAAAGCAAGAUUAUUACAGUCAGACAUUUAAUUUUAGUUUACAGUAAUUUUUAAAAAGCCAUUGCAAAAGUACUUUAUGAAUUCAUCACGGUCUGCAUUCACUGAAUGACGCAUUUUGGCAAAAUGUGUAUUAAUAUGCUUAUUGGCAGAUUUGAAUGAUAAAUCUCACUAUGUUCUGUGUGCAAAAUCUAAAUAUAUUAAUAAAGUAUGCACUA